AUGUGGGAACCAGUGCAGCAGGGAGCAGCUGGUGGUCACCAUGUGGAGCUGCAGCAUCUCUGGGUGCAGGAGGCAGGAGACUCUAUGGUGAAGAAGCUGGAGAGAGGGAACAUCCAGAAGAUGCAGGACCUCAUGUUCCUAUGCAGUGCUGGCUGCUGUGAGGACAGUCAGGCAUCCACGCAGCAGGUGCAUCAGUUCAUUGAGCACCGCCAUGCACCUCUGGCUCAAGCCCAGUUCCUGAUCAUGAGCGAAUUUGAGAAGUUCCAGGACCACCUGGCCCAGUGCACUUUGCAUUGCAACAACAAAGCCAAAGAUUCAAUAGAUGUAGCCAGUAAGGAGCUCCAGGUGAAGCGGCAGCUGGAGAGUUGUGUGACCAAGUGUGUGGAUGACCACAUGAACCUCGUCCCAACCAUGACCAAGAAGUUGAAGGAGUCGCUCUCGUCCAUGGGACUUCUGUUGGCCAUCAGCUCAGGGCUCCUUGCCUUUAAUGUACAUGCAGAUCACCUGGGGAAUCUCAUCAAAAUGCAGAUUCUAAUUCAGCCAGUCUGGGAUGUGCCCUGA